AUGGGUCGCAAUCAGCUGGUGGGUCACAGUCGACGGGUGGGUCGCAAUCAGCAGGUGGGUCACAGUCGACGGAUGGGUCGCAAUCAGCAGUCGACGGAUGGGUCGCAAUCAGCAGGCGGGUCACAGUCGACGGGUGGGUCGCAAUCAGCAGGCGGGUCACAGUCGACGGGUGGGUCGCAAUCAGCAGGCGGGUCACAGUCGACGGGUGGGUCGCAAUCAGCAGGCGGGUCACAGUCGACGGAUGGGUCGCAAUCAGCAGGCGGGUCACAGUCGACGGGUGGGUCGCAAUCAGCUGGUGGGUUACAGUCGACGGGUGGGUCGCAAUCAGCUGGUGGGUCACAGUCGACGAAUGGGUCGCAAUCAGCUGGCGGGUCACAGUCGACGAAUGGGUCGCAAUCAGCUGGCUGGUCACAGUCGACGAAUGGGUCGCAAUCAGCUGGUGGGUCACAGUCGACGGGUGGGUCGCAAUCAGCUGACCGGUCACAGUCGACGGGUGGGUCGCAAUCUGCUGGCGGGUCACAGUCGACGAAUGGGUCGCAAUCAGCUGCCAGGUCACAGUCGACGAAUGGGUCGCAAUCAGCUGGUGGGUCACAGUCGACGGGUGGGUCGCAAUCAGCUGGUUGGUUACAGUCGACGGAUGGGUCGCAAUUAGCUGGUGGGUUACAGUCGACGGGUGGGUCGCAAUCAACUGGUGGGUCACAGUCGACGGAUGGGUCGCAAUCAGCUGGCGGGUCACGGUCGACGAAUUGGUCGCAAUCAGCUGGCGGGUCACAGUCGACGGGUGGGUCGCAAUCUGCUGGCGGGUCACAGUCGACGAAUGGGUCGCAAUCAGCUGGCUGGUCACAGUCGACCGGUGGGUCGCAAUCAGCUGGUGGGUCACAGUCGACGGGUGGGUCGCAAUCAGCUGACUGGUCACAGUCGACGGUCGGGUCGCAAUCUGCUGGUGGGUCACAGUCGACGAAUGGGUCGCAAUCAGCUGGUGGGUCACAGUCGACAAAUGGGUCGCAAUCAGCUGGCGGGUCACAGUCGACGGGUGGGUCGCAAUCUGAUGGCGGGUCACAGUCGACGGGUGGGUCGCAAUCAGCUGGUGGGUCACAGUCGACGGAUGGGUCGCAAUCUGCUGGUGGGUUACAGUCGACGAAUGGGUCGCAAUCAGCUCAUGGGUCACAUUCGACGGGUGGGUCGCAAUCUGCUGGUUUGUCACAGUCGACGGGUGGGUCGCAAUCUGCUGGUGGGUCACAGUCGACGGGUGGGUCGCAAUCAGCUAGCGGGUCACAGUCGACGGGUGGGUCGCAAUCUGCUGGCGGGUCACAGUCGACGGGUGGGUCGCAAUCAGCUGGCGGGUCACAGUCGACGGGUGGGUCGCAAUCUGCUGGUGGGUUACAGUCGACGAAUGGGUCGCAAAACGGAAAGGGUUAGAGCAUAAGGA